GGAGCUCAGUCGGGGUUUGGUGGAUACAGGGAAACGAUACGGCGUAUAGUACGCUGAUCGAGUUAUCCAAUAGAUGUGGAGUUGUUGUUAUUGCUGUGUUUAUUUUCGUUGUCUUAUGCUUUAGUCCAUAUAAAGCUCUGUAAGAUGGAAAAUUCUGCAUAUGUACCAAAUCACCUUCCACCACCUGCUCUUGUCGUCUUCUCUCAGGCUGGAGGGCUUCCAGAGGCUCUGAGAAUGCAGAGGCCCUUUAAUCCCCAGGUCCCAGAAGCAAAAGACCUGCACGUCCCUUUUGGCAGUGCUACUGUUGCCGGUUUUGGCCUGCGGCACGUUGAUAGCUACCCAGGGCUGCCAGCUCACUUGCUUCAUCACCUGCAACCACAGUUUGUGCACCCAGCCCUGGAUCCCAGGCUUCCAUUUGGCUCUGCAGGAGCUGGUGCCUUCCGUCCUCUGGGGCGAGGGCACCCAGGUGCUGGUGAUAUGGAGACUGGGGGGCUGUCUGCUUUUGCACCUCCAGCUCCUACACUGUCUAGUUCUGGUAACCGAAGUGAGGGCCUGGCGGGCUCUGUCUCACCAAACAGUACACCGCCUCUGCAGCCCCGUGUAAAGGAGGAGGGUUCGGACACACCACUGUCAGAAGACAGAGACCGUGAUGGCACACUCACUCCUGGAUCCUUAUCGGAAGGCAAUGUUGCAGACCGGCUUACACCAGAGGAGGGACGUGGCUAUAGACGGAAGAAGAAGCUGCAGGCGGAGGCGUCGUGCUGCCCGGUGUGCGGCGUGACGCUGCGCGCGGGCGAGCUGGAGGCGCACUACGCGCACGAGCUGCAGCGCCUCUACAAGUUGGGCGGCGCGCGCGCCAGGCGGCCGCCCCCGCCUCCCCCGCCGGGGCCCGCUGCCGCCGCCGCAGCCGCCGCCGCCGCCUCUGCCUCCGCCGACGGCACGCACGAGGGUCGCUGGGAGACUUACCAGCGGAUCAAGGCGAACCGACAGAGCAGGCUGCGCUUGAAGAACCGCAAGCGCAAGGCGGACGAGGCGACGUGCCCCGUGUGCAGCGAGCGUCUCUCAGGAAGCGCCGACGAGCUCAACGCGCACGUAGACGCCUGCCUGCGCAAGCACGGCGACGGCGACGGCGAUUCGGACGAGCCGGUGGACGUGGAGGGUGGCGUCUUCACGGAGUACGAGUGGGCGGGGCAGCGGCGUGUGCGCGCGUCCGCGCUGCUCGUGGGCGGCUACGCGGCGGCCGGGCUGGCGACGGCCGCGACCACGACCGACGACGCCGAUCACGGGGACCUGGUCGUCGACGGCGACGACUCCGCCACGCUGGGGCCCGCGCAGUACUCGGAGGCCGACGUGCUGCUGCCCGCCGCCGCGGCGCGCGAGCGGCGAGCGCUGCGACACGCCCUGCUCAGGGAAGAGGCGGAGGGCGACGGCGAGGCGGCUGGCGCGGCCGCGGGCGCGGGCGCGGGCGCGCACCCCAGCGACCCCGCGCCAGACCGCGACCAGCUGGUCGAGGCGCUCAAGGCGCGCAUCCGACAGCUCGAGGCGGACGCCUCCAGCGCCGACAAGUUCAAAUGCCUCAUCUGCAUGGAACGUUACAAGAAACCUGUCAUAUCCAUAUGCUGCUGGCAUGUUCAUUGCGAAGAAUGCUGGCUGCGUACUCUGGGUGCAAAGAAGCUGUGUCCUCAGUGCAAUAUGAUAACAUCACCAUCGGAUCUGCGGAGGAUUUACAUGUGAUCGCCCCUAGCUGAUACUCUGGCGACCGCCAUCCAUUUUGUUGAAGAAGUAACUCCAGUGGAAACACGUGCUACAUCUCUCUGAAGUGGAACAUCCCUUGGCUUUCUUCGGUUUGCGACAUAGCGUAUUUAUGAAACUACGGACUGAUGGAUUUGUUGGUGCACUGCAGAGAGAUGAAGCUUUUAUUUGCGGAUAGCUGCAACUUCACAGCACAGUUGGAAGAUUUAUGUGUCAAUGCGUUCCUUGUACGAAGGUGAGUUGCAGCUACGGCUUGUGAGUUACGGCGUCAAGAAUGAAUACACGAGUCAAAGCGACGUUCUUUGACUGGCUUGCAAGAGACAAAGGCGGUAGUGCCGUCAAUCGUGAUAAGCUGCAAUUUACUUCAGUCGAUUUUGAAGUAACUGGCAUUCGUAAGAUUUGACAAUGUGCGUGAAAGCUCAGUGUCGUACGUACAAUGGCUAACGAUUUAGGGAGGAAACGAGUGCAUCGUAAUUAUGCAGGACUGUUGUUAAACUCAAGAACAGAAGCGUCAUCUGUGUGAGCGUGUGGAUUCUCGCCGGUAACUGGAGGCCCACCUGAUCGAUUGCGGACGGGACAGAAGAUCCGAGUGGGCAAGUUGGAAAUUAAUGUGUGGGAGCUGUGCCAGCCCCUCAUGUAUUCGUAUUUGUUGAGACAGUUGGUCUGUUCUUUGUAAUGAGACGACGAGGUUCCGCAGAUCGUGAACCUCCUCCGGCUUUGUGAGGAUCUUAAAAAGUCUGAGCUCAACGAAUUAAAUAGCAAUACUGAUUCGCGACUCGCAUUUGACAAAUCACCACAGAAGCCUCCCACUAAGGUCGCGCGCGCAAAUUUCAUUUAUAAACCUCUCUUUAUUUAACCACUGCAAAAUGUGUUUUGGCUUCAAUCGUCCUUCGUCUCAUAAAUGUUUGUGUGGCCAUCCUACUGACGUAGUGUACAUGCACAUUCCCGAAUAAUACUUACUGAAGCAAUGUCGCGUUACCCGAUCUUGUUGACGAAUAUGUAUGGCAGAUUCACCGUAUGUAUUUGUCACAUUUUACGUUCUCUGUGUAUAUUAAGUCUGUGAGGCCCUUACUACAGUCAAACAGAAAAUGGUUUUAAUUAUGCAAAACACGUACCGGUAUUUUUAACGAAUUCACGAUUGGUAUAAUUGUUCUAGAAACGUUAAUUACCUCUCGUCACUGACUGUUGUCGAAAGAUUAGCUGUCUGGCAGACUGUGCAUCCCAGCUACAUUUCUAAAAUAAAAGUUGAUUUUUAUUAUAAAGUGAACUUUCUUACCAAAAUAAAACUAUACCAAUUAAUAAUGAGAAAAUAUUUACAACGUGACAACCCUCAGUUAUGGGUCCUAUAUCCUAUCACUUUUGCAAAAUAUAUAACUUACAGUAAACACCUUGCCGAGCGCCCAUGUACAGUGUCGAAUAAUAUGCCAAAUAGCAACCUUGAUGAGACUUGAAUAGCAGAGCACCAUCUGAAAGCAGACGGCUAUGGACCGAUUGUAUUAGAUAGAAUUCCGUCUAGAAAAUUACCCGAUAUGAACCUUGUAACUCAGCCCCACUUCCUGCUCACGUAGUCUGCUUUUAUUAUUACUGACAAAGCUGUUUCGAAACGUCCUUAAUUAUCAGUCUACGUGUGCUGGCUAUUGUGUAUCCGAAACGUCCAUGAAGAUAAAACUGUGUGGACCAGAGAGCUGCUUUAGUGCUUAGCGGUACACUGCUGCUCCCUUCGGUGGCACCAGAGUUACUACACACAUUUUCCAGGGUAGUUCUUUGAUUCACAACUUGAAUAUUUCUCUUUAAAAAAUUGGUUUUUCUUGGUAAUAGUUCAUCGCAGACAAUCGGCUGUGGGAAUGUGUAAGUCGGAUCCUUCCAUCAGAAGCAGUUUGUCAAUUAAAAAGUAAAUUCCAAACUAACUGACGAAAACAGUUUUCAGUUGUUUCGACAGUUCUGGCCAAAUCUAGAUUUUAUCUGAUCGUUCUAAUAUCGUAUCAGAGUACACUAUGAAAUUUACAGAGGAAAUUAAAUUCUGUUAACUUGAUCUGCACGGUAAUGGGGGAAACUCAACGUCGUAAAUUCUGUAUACACACAGAGCCUUUUAUUUAACAUCUUGGUUCUACAUAUUAAUUACAGAAAUCUAUGUACCGUUUACGAAACCACCAGUUUGACGUUUAAGUGUUGCAGUUAGAUCAGAAAAUCGUCGUUGCUCUAAAAGUAAGUUGGCAAAGUGAGAAGAAAUUCAACUAACUGCGUUUAAUUGCUUCCUAUGCUGUCAGUAUGCCAGCUCACUCGGUGAGAAAAAUACUUAAUUAAAUAAAGUCAGACUGCAGGAACGUCAUGUCGAACUGAAAAAUGUAAACAUAAACAAACUGAAUUGUUCGUGUAGGGAUUCUGUGUGACUUAAUGACUAUAUGUUAGGAAUAGCCAGUAAAAAGUUUUGCUUCCCAGAAACUAUGUCUUUCCAUAAUAUGAAAAGUACGUGUCUCAGUGUGCGAGAAAACAACUCGUGCAGAAUAUAGGGACAGUAAAAAUAACCUAGAGUCCCAAAGGUAACAGAAUUAAGAUUAACCUAAAUCGGUGUGAACUGGAGAUAAGACAAACCGAGUCUGCAGUGACGACGGUUCGGGAGGAAUAUAUCGAUGGUAGCCAAUAAAAACCCCGCAACUCCAUAUGUUGGUGAAAACGUCGUAAUUCCAGUAACCAGUAACUCCAUAAUCAGAGAGAGAUUUGAAAGUGUGGUAAUUUCGCUAAUCUGUCAAUAACUAGGUUUCUACUAUCCAGUUACAUAUGCAGCAACUUUCUGUAUCACUUUAUAUUAUUUUUUAAGAAACCGUUUUUGCUUCUCUUGCAAGAUUUAAAAAAAAUGGAGCUACGAGAUUUUCGUUGCCUAUUAUCGAUAUGUACAUGUGUUCGCGAACGCAUAAUCCUGCCUAAGAUCAAUUAUACAUUUUUGUUACAUCAAAGGAUUGAUGCAGUAUUUGAGUAGUGUGUCACUGACAUUUAAAAGCGCGUAGAUAGGUAUGAUUCAAAAGCGAAAACUUCGAGAUUAGUAGAUGUGGAUUGCUCGUGCCUUCCUACCCUUCUACCGUAAUACAUUCCGAAGGAGACACGUUGGAUCUGUCUGAAACCGCUUACAUGGAACGUUGCAGACCACAUGAGAACUAGUGUGGCUGAAUCAAACCGUAAUUAUGAGACUGACAGCGUGAGUUCUGUAUGUGCGACACGUCGGCAUGUCUCUCUUUUGGCCAGAAAACAUAAUGUAGUGUUACUAGAGGAAACAACUCCUAAUACGUAAUGGCGACUUCCAGUGGGAUUAUGGAACUAUGUUCGAACGCAUAAACGCAGGGAAAAGUUUUGAGAACAUCUGUGUUUAUGUUGCGUGUCCUCUGUCCUUAUAUAAAAUGCCAGCAGUUGCACUAAUAUAGCCAUCCACAAGUUUUGUUAAAGUAAAUUUGGUCCAUUUUUUUUUUUUUUUUUUUUACUGCUGUCGAAGUAGGGUUCUACAGGCCCGUCUGCUUAGAAGUACCCGGCAGGCAUUCAGUUUGGCGGAAGACUUUCUUGGAGAGGUUAACAAUACUCUCUGUGACUCUGGCAGGGACCACGACCAUUUUACGUUCAUUACGGAGCACCGAAUAUUUAUCUGUAACCUGGGUGUGCUGUUUGUGUAAUAGAAUGCAUGUUCACGUGUUAAAUUAUAUGAAAAUUUUCAUCACAUUAGUUAGAUUUUGUUUUCUGGAUGUCGUAACUGGCAAUGGCAUGGCAGAAACUGUAAAGCUUUGGCAAUUUCCACUCAGUACUACAGCUAACUAGUUCUCGAUAUACCGUGCGACUUCCCUUUGUUGGCUGUGUUCUAGUUUAUUAUACUCCCCAUUCAGAGAAGAAGAAAUUGAAAACAAUUCUUUUUAGUUGCAACCCAGUCCUACCGUCCUCCCUCAACUGAACAUCAGCGACGUGGAUCUUAAAUUCUGACAUUUCGAAAUGAAACGCUUGUGUUGCAGUUCAUUAUACGUAUUUCGUGCUGAAGCAAACAUUAUUAAAAAGGGUUUGACAUAUUUUAUGUGGCGCUAACGUUUUUUGUAUCUAAGGACGAGUAGCAGUACCUUUCCAAGAAUUGUUUCUCCAGGUUAAAAGGCAAGAUUUAAUUGGAAUCGUCUGUGAAAUUUGAUGUAAAACGUGAUUAUUGUUAAAGAAACAGUAAAUAACGCGAACAUCUGCGAAUAAAUAUACUGCAUAUGGCCCCACCAGAAAGGCAAUUUUCGUCAUAUAUGUUGUUGUGGCAAGAGUUCACGUUAAUACAGAGAUUUAUGAAUUUUUCCCGUUGUUUAUAUGGCCAUUGGACACCUUACUGACGUAAUAUUCAUGUGUGCCUGUUUACUAGUCCAUGUAAUGUUGUGGUUGAGAUACCUCCUGUUACAGCAUUAAACUGUAGUUUCCUUUCUGUUUUACAAGACAGCUUUAAUGAAAUAUGUGCAUAAUAUUACUCAACAGACUCACGUUUAUAAAUCUGAACCUUACAGUUGUAUAUUCUUUCACUUACUUUUACACAACAGUCAUGUUGCAUUGUCUCAGUAGAAUCUUUUUGUGAUUCACAUAUUUGUUUAAGUUCGUGACACAAGGAUAAAAUGUCUAUGUUCUCAAUUCAAAAUAAUUUACUGUUUAUGCAAUUAGAUUUAAUUAUCUCUGUCAUUUUCAUCUCAAGGACUUAACUCCAACCCGAUGUUGGAGAAAAUUUAAAAUCAAACAGAAAUCAGUAUUUACCGAUAAUGAAUUAUUGUGGUAUAAUGUAUUUGAAUACCUUACAGCCAAGUGCCCAUUUCUUCAAUUUAUAUCUGUCAUAACUGUCAAUACAUAAAAAUAUGUGUGUGAAGUUCUACUAAUGUCACAAUCCGAGUUUCAGUUUGGCACAACCUUUUCUCAUUGCAAAGUUGGUUCUGUAUCUUGAUAAUUAAUUCCUAAAUACCGUAAAUCACACAGUGUGGUAUAAUGGUGUAUUUAAUUCGUAUUGCAAAUAUAUAAAUGUAUACAUACAGUCAACGCUACAUGUUCGGUAUCAUAUGCAUUUUGCCCUAACGCCAAAACGGCAGAUUAAGCUUACAUAUGUGUUGUGUCUUUAAAGCUAUUAUGACUAAAUGCAGUAGCAAAUUGUUUCCAGACCUGUAAUAGAAUAAAUAUUUGAAAUAUUAAA